ACACAUUUCCCGACAUCAACUUCUAAAACAGUGUUCGCACAAGAGUUACUGCUACAUACACUACAUGUCUGUCCUUCUGAGCACUAGUGCGAAAAGAUGUUGACAUGUCAUUUGCAAGUUUUUCAUAAUGGCAACUACAUGGGUGUCAAACCUGCCGCGGUGCCCCUUGUUUACACACUCACACACACGCACCGCCGCACACACCGCCGCUCCCGUCGAGCCGCUUAUUUAGGUAUAUUGUUGUUUAUUUUAUUCGGCGCUAUGCUCCGACACGGCGAGCCUUUCGACUCAGUUUUAACGCGCACGUUUUAUGAAACGACAACUAUGCGUCGAUGUGCGCUCGCCACGAAUAAUUAUUAAUAUCGGCACGACCGAAAUAACGACGCGGUAAACAAAUUCGCGAUUUUUAUUGGUUAACACUUUGUUGAAUAGAACGUGAGGUUUUAUUUAUGUAUGUUUUUUUAUAACCUAUUCGCAUUGUCGCUGGCCGGUGCCGGUUGUCUCCGCGAAUUUUAAUAGCCGCUAAUCGUAGCAUAUUUUUGCGCGCAACGUGUGUUAAAUAAAUGUGCUCGGACUUUUGUUUUUACUUUUUUGAUUUGUUACAAUACGGAAGUGAUAAAAAUUAUAAAUUAGUUGUCAUAAAUUCGUGAAAUGAAAAAGUCAUUUUUAUGAGAACCGGUUCUAUUUUUGAACAAUAGCUCGAGCGGCGCGAGUUUUCAAACUUUUUAAAUUUUGAAUGUCAGUUUUGGCGGGAAGGCAAGAAGUAGGUUGUACCGAAAGUUUGGAAAAGUGUUGAGCACACAUCGGAUGCUCGCUAGUGUUUUUUCAACGCGUUUUCGAGGCUAAGCGCUAGUUGUUUGAACAAGUGUGUUUUCUAAUGGAUUUAUUUUGAGAUUGUAUUCAAAACAUUCGCCGGGCUCCGGCGCUGGCGCAUUCGGAGCACGAGUGCAGCCCGGUGUGCCACAAGGCAGUGUGCUGGGGCCGGUAUUAUAUGUGAAGUGCUGUACUGAUUGUGCUGGAUGUGUCUCCAGAAGGAUGACAGUGGUGACAUAGAUGCCGAUGUGACGAGACCAAUGGUGCACCUACCUUUACUGCUGGGUCCCGAGCCGGCACUGAACUCGACCCCGGGCGCCGCGAAGCCGCCGCUACUAAACUCUUUCGAGCUGGACCGCUGUUUGGACAGAGAGGAGUCCGGCAGGUGGGGCGGCGAAGCGGCGCGGCGGCGUCGGCGCAGCUCGCCCCCGCGCCGCGCCUCGCCCCCCAGAGAUCAUGAGCCUCUCGCUCUUGCACGGGCAUCAGCCCCAGCCUCCCCAACCGCUGGUUCAGCACACUCUUCACCAGCACCGGUAUCUCCUGCUGGAAGUGCUGCCGGCGCCCGCUCACCGCUGCCGCUGGUCGCACCAGACCUGCUGGCCAUGCAGCUGCUGGACCAGCACUCACAGCUGCAAGCGCUGAUGAAACAGCGGCUGUUUCAUCAACACCAUAUGCAGAAACAGCACUUAUCCUCGGAGGCUGCUAAGCGUCAGCUGGAGCAGUCACGGCUGCAGGACCAGAUCAGUCUGAACCUGCUGUCGCAGUCGCAUCUGCCGCCUCCUGACGCUUCCCCUGGUUCCCUUCAGCAGCAGCUCGGCGCCCAGCAGCAGCAGUUAGUCCAGCAGUUGCAGGCCGUGCAGCGCCAAUACCUCAUGCACGGGCCUCUGUCUGUGCCGCCUAAUGCUCCUCCAGGUCUCAUGCUGUGGGGGAGCGAGAUGGAAGAGCACCCGCUGUUCGGGCGCGGAGUGUGCAAGUGGCCCGGCUGCGACGCGCUCGCUGAUGACUACCAGGCCUUCCUCAAGCAUCUGGAAGCAGCCCACACCCUCGACGACAGAUCAGCCGCACAGGCGCGUGUGCAGAUGCAGGUGGUCGCCCAGCUGGAGCUGCAACUGCGUCGCGAACGGGACCGCCUUGCGGCCAUGAUGCGGCAUCUGCAUGCUGCUAGAGACUCGAGCCAUCACCAGCCGAAACAUCCACAUGGAGCGCCCAAUGAAGGCGCAUCACCCGGACCGGUCCGUCGCCGAGUCUCCGACAAGUCUGGUGUGGCUAUUGCUGGUGGUCUUCCGUAUAUGCUCGAAAGAGCUGGAUUAGAUGUGCAACAAGAAAUUCAGCGCAACCGCGAAUUUUAUAAAAGUGCAGACGUUCGGCCCCCUUUUACAUACGCUUCGCUCAUUCGACAGGCCAUCAUAGAGUCUCCAGAUAAGCAGCUGACCCUCAACGAGAUCUACAAUUGGUUCCAGACAACCUUCUGCUACUUCCGACGCAAUGCUGCCACGUGGAAGAACGCAAUCCGGACGAACCUCUCGUUGCACAAAUGUUUCGUGCGGUACGAGGACGACUUCGGCUCCUUCUGGAUGGUGGACGACGCGGAGUUCGUGAAGCGCCGGCACCUGAGCCGCGGCCGCCCGCGCAAGUACGAGCCCGCGCCCGCGCCCAACGCGCCGCCCGCACAGUUUAUGGGAGCACAGAGUCCUCCGAUGAUGACCAGCCCUCAUGGCUACAGUGAAGCUCUCAAAAGGAACCUCCAGGGAAUGAUGGAGGAAUGCAACCUGUCAUACAUGUCGAGCGAGGAUCACAUGAUGCAAGGGGCUGAGGAAUAUCCCUCCUCCCAUGAUGAGUACAGCCGGCCGUCCAUGCUGAACGGCUACGGAAGCAGCAGUUCGCACGAGGUGAAGGCCGAGGACCUGAGCGGGGCCGACCAGGACAUCAAACCUAACAUAUACGCGCUCAAGAACGAGAUGCAGGCUUCCGACUAUUCCAACAAAGACUACACAAACUCCACAAAGGAGUCCUCAAGCAACCGCUCCGGCGAGACCAGCCCCUACGAUGACUACCCGCGCCCCGAGGACCGGUACCGGCCCUCGGCCUCCCACAUAAAGGACGAGGCCGAAAACCUCUCACUCAACGAACAGAGAUCUGACAAGUAAAAAAAAAAGUUAACGAGUAGUAGUGACGGACAAUUUUGGUACCGGCUUUCGGCCUCACACGCAAAAGGCCGGGGCCUUUAACUUCAGAGAAAUAAAAGUGAAAGUUGACAAGAACUAGUGAUGGACAAUUCUGGUUGCCAGCUGUUCUUGAAGCAAUAAUUAGGUUGCCGGCUAGUGUUUAGAAUUAUUAUCACAGUAUGUAAUACUUUAUACUUACGGGUGUAGUUCUAUUUCAAGUUAAUAGCGGUUGCGUGUAUGUGUUCAUUGUUGGAUUUUUAUAUUUAAAGAUCUCGGGAGGUUCUUAUAAGUUAGAAAGUAACCAAAUAUUUUUUUGUUUAAUUUUUAAACCGACCCGGUUUUAACGGGCUUUGAAGUAUUAUAGUUUAUAUUUUUUUUCACCGCUAAGUUUUUACGUUUUCUAAGUUUCUAGGUAAGGUAAUUGAGAAAUUAGGUCCUCUAUUUAUAGGCUAAGUGUUAGGAAAUUUUAGACGAAACGAAUUGCGCUAAUUAAUCAAAAAGUCAACGAUAAAAUAACCUUAAAAGGUCCAUAUCAAUAUUUAAAAAUAUUUAAUCAUUAUUUGUAAUAUACAAAUAAUACGAACAAUAAGUAGGUGUAUUGGACUGUUUAGGAAAACGUAAUGGUAUAUAAAGUUUUAAUAUUAACGCUAAGCGGUUUGGUUCAUUAUAAAAGCUUACUUUUUGCAUUUUCCGUUUUUUUAUUCAUGUCUAGCUAGCUGUGUUUUACAUAACCUCGUCCUGCCCAAUGUGAUUUUAAAAGGACAUAUUCAAAUGUUAGCAGGUUAUGAAUAAAAAGCCUAGAUAGGUUGAAGCAAAGAUAGAUAUAACUCCGUAAUAGAUGGAUACAGUCUAAGGAAAAAACAUGCCUCGAAAAUCACGAAAAUUUGAUUCUCGAUCAGAUGGCGCCACUAGUUUUGGCCUACUCUCGUAUAGAGGGCGUUGACGGUUUCGUUUGUUAUUUAUAAUUUUAUCGCAUAUCAGUGAAAGAACAUGGGUCAAAAUCAUAUAAAAAUAAUUAAUGCAAAUAAAAAAAUCAUUUAUCCAUAUUUAAAUACAUUUUAUCGUAUUUUUAUAAAUCUUCAUUUUUAGUUUUAAAGUGUGUCGACAGAUGGCAGUGAAUUUACUGGGGUUACAAAAUUUACUAUGACAGUACCGCUCUAGUAUAAGUUACUCUAUGGUUGAAGUUACAUUAAAAAUUCUUUUUGAAGUAAAACUUCUUUAGGCGCGACUAGAGGGUAUUUUUUUUUCUAACGGAAGUAACGCUCAGUAAUGACACACGCACAAUAGGACACACGUCAAAGUGCCAACAUAGCGAUAAACGUCAUCGUAAAAGAAGUUUUACUUCAAUCGCGCGUAAUUACACGCAUACACUUUUUUUUUACUUAAUGACUCCUCUUCACGAUGAUACAGCGCUGGACCAGCGAGAUGGCCAUGCGAUGGUUGAGAGCACGCACUAUAAAAUGGGCCACGUGUAGAUGCGUACGCGCCAUCGCUGGCCCACUUCCUUUGAUGUGCGGACGAAAAACCGACACCGUGGCCAUCCAAUCGCCAUCCCGCCGCGCCAUAAGCAGACCCCACUACUCUCUCUACAUGCUGGCCCAUCUUAGUAGGCCAGUAUGAUGGCCCAUCGUGUAGAGGAGCCAUGAUACGAGAACCAAAGGGAAACCAACUCUAUUUUCCAAAUUAUUUGGUUUAAAUUUCAAUGGCUUAAACUGAGUAUGGUGGGCCGGACUAGGAUAGACCAACUAUGAGAAACCAUUUUUGCGAAAAAAGACGAAAUCAACUCUAUUUUCCAAAUUAUUUGGUUUAAAUUUCAAUGGCUUAAACUGAGUAUGGUGGGCCGGACGAGGAUAGACCAACUAUGAGAAACCAUUUUUGCGAAAAAAGACGAAAUCAACUCUAUUUUCCAAAUUAUUUGGUUUAAAUUUCAAUGGUUUAAACUGAGUAUGGUGGGCCAGACGAGGAUAGACCAACUAUGAGAAACCAUUUUUGCGAAAAAAGACGAAAUCAACUCUAUUUUCCAAAUUAUUUGGUUUAAAUUUCAAUGGCUUAAACUGAGUAUGGUGGGCCAGACGAGGACAGACCAACUAUGAGAAACCAUUUUUGCGAAAAAAGACGAAAACUUUUUUUGGCGCUUUACGUCUGUAUUUUACCGCCGAUUUUCAAUAGUUAAAUUUUUAUAUCCGUGUGUUUGCUCAUCGCUUUACGAAAUAUUGUUGUACCUACGGAAUUGAUUUAUAAUACGUUAAUUUAAGUAAAUGAUCUGAAGUUUUAUUUUUGUACCACUCGGUACAUGUGUGCUUGCUUUAUUCCAAGGAAUUGUUUUUUUAGUUCAUAGACUAAGAGCUAGGUUGUAAAUAUUUAUCAUGAUUGUCAUGAGUUGUAAAUUGUUAAAAAUGGUAAUUGUAGACGAGUGUAAACGUUUACUUAUUAAAUAUAUCUUAAUAUUGGAUAUUAAAUCGUUCAUGUUGUAGAAAAUUUAGAAAAAACCUUAGUAGUAAAAAAAUCAGUGUAAUUCGACAUUAAUAUUAGAAUUUUGUUUCCGCUGUUGUGUAACUGUUUUUGCAUUUUGUAUUUGUGCAUUUUGUCUCUGAUUUAUUAAAAAAUAUAUUUCUUAUUUAAGAGUACCUACUGAAUACUUCCUUAUUUCUUCGUGUCUCUAAGGCUGCAUUUAUGCACACGCGGGGCGUUGAGCUUAAAAUUCUGUAAUAUGGGGUUGUAUAGGAGCGUUCAUAAGCAUGAGCGAUUUUUUUUAAUACUUUACAUGCUGCUCCGCAUGUUUAUAAACAAGGCCUAAUGAGCGUUUAAAUUUGAGGUAAAAUUGUAUAAUUCAAUUCGAGCAAUGACGCAAACUUUCAGUGAAAAUUCAUACUAAAAAUACCUUCUCUAGUUAUUUAUAAAUUCAAGAAGGGUUGAAUCAUAUCACGGUUAAGUAUGUAUACCUACUUAUAAUAUAUAGAACUGUAUUUCGAUGUGUAUGUAAAAUGUAUAUUCCAUUUUGCAAUAACUUGAAUAAACUAAGUAGUAAAAUAAAUGCAGGCACAUUUAAAAACACAUUUUGUUUGUAUAUUUUUGUGCAUUUUUUAGAGCAGUGAAGUACAAAAAACAUUUUUUUAUUUAUGUAAAAAGGGGGUAUAGCACGCCUAACAGUUUGACUUUAAGAUACAUAUGUUAGUCGCUUCAGCUAUGUUUUGGCAGUUGUGCUAUUUUUGACGCCAAUACUUUAUCUAUAUUUUUAUAUAAUAAGACGUUACUAGGAAAACAAUACUUGUUGUUGCAAUCAGGGGCGUAGCUAGAGGAUAUGGCGCCCGGGGCAGGCACCCCCUGACGACUGACAAAAGUUUCCCUUCUGCUGCCUUUUGCCCAUUUUGGCGCCCCCCUUGGAUGGCGCCCGGAGCACUUGCCCCCUCUCCCCCCACCCCCUAGUUACGCCACUGGUUGCAAUAUUUACCAGCAAUUCUGUGGACAUUUUUUUAUUUAAGACAAAAAAAUCUUGACAUAAAUUGUACAAUUUAAGUACAAACAAUGGCAUUUGUUAACAUACAAAGUACUUAAAUAUCUAAUAUUUUGAUUAUUUAUAAGUUUAAUUGUUUUUUAAGUGAGCUCCAUUGAUAUAACGUCACUGAUAUACCGUUAAUAUAUAGGUAUAUAAUGAUAUGAGAAGGAUAUCAUUACUAUGUUAAAGGAGAAAAAGUUGAUGUUAUACUUAUGUAAGAUUCUAUAACAUCAGGGGCCCAUUUGUCGAACGAUAUUAGAAUAUUAUUAGUCCACGAACUGUGAACUGACUGAUAUCGUUCGAGAAAUCGGCCCCAGAGAAAUAAUUGUAUAAUGCACGUCGUUCAAAGUAGGUCACUAGAAAAAGAAAUGAAGUAGCUAGUAAUUUUCUUAUCAAGUUUGUUUACGUUUCUAGCAAGUUACAAUAUCAAAUCGCUACCUACCUGCUUUGUAGUAGGUUUUUAACAAAUGACAAACAACUUUUGAAUAUUGUCUAGCAAAAACAUAAGGCUACAAACGUUGCAAUUGACAAAUUGUAAAUAAAAUGUCCAUGAUUUUGUACUGGCGUCAAAAUGACACCCCCGUUUUCAUGUCUCGCAGGAAUUGAUAUUUGUUGUUAUUAUUAGACAAAACAUAUAAUAAAUUGAGAAUAAUCAUACAUAAAACCCGUUUCAUAAGUUUCUCGGUUGUGAUAUGUGUAUACCUACAAAAUGACCAUCGACCUUUAUUACUUUAUUUUUAUAUUCGUAUAUCUAAUUGUUGAUAGCAGGGUAUUUUUAAUUUUUAUAUUAUACUCUUCCUACUUUUCAGUUGUUAUGUAUGUGUGAUUCUCAAUUUAUCCCAAGUACCUAAACACCGGCCGUGCUGGCCUAGCGUACAUUAAAUUUAUUGAUCAUUGUAAAUUAUACUUAAUUAGUGUUGUAUUAAACGAAAUCAUUACAAUUA